AUGGCCGACCCCGAACCCGCCGCCGGGCGCGAGAAGCGCGAGCGCAAGUCCACCGUGGACGUCUACGUCGUCGCGUCGCCGACGAAGAAGGAAUUCGUCAUCCCGGAAGGGAAGGGCACCAAGCUUCGAGACAUCCCGAACGUCGACUUCAACCUGAACAAGUUCAAGUCCGACGACGAGCACCUCAAGCUCCUGCACCGCGUGAUGUACAACCGUCCCGGGAAGGCGACGACGAUCAAGAAGAACAUCCGCGACUUCAGCGGCCUCGUCCUCGACGACGCGAAAGAGCGCGACCGCGUCAAGGGCCUGAUCGAUCGCAUCAUGGGCACGACGCUGAACAUGCUGCUCGACCUCCUCGACCUCCCCCGAGGCGCCGGCGCGGAGGGCGUCAAGGACGCGAAAGCCGCGCGAUUGCUGUCGUGGCUCGAGAGCCCAGCCGCGACCGAGGGGAAGAAAAACUUGAAGGCGAUCGCGGAGGUGAAGAAGGAGAAGGCGGCGCGGAAGCGCGAGCGCGUCGCCGCGAAGAAGGAGAAGCUCGCGAAGAAGAAGGCGCGCGACGCGAAGAAGAAGUCCAAGUCCGGCGGCGGCGGCGGCGUCAAGACCGGCGGCAGGCUCCCGGACGACGCGGCGGGGAUCAAGGCUGAGCUCGCGGCGAUCGCGAAGCGCAAGACGGCGCUCGAGCGGAAGCUCGCGACCGUCGUCGGCGCGAAGAGGAAAGCGUCGGGCGGCGGCGGCGGGAAGUCCCCGGCGAGCAAGAAGGCGAAGAAGGAGGACGGCAGCGACGACGACGACGACGACGACGACGACGACGACUCCGGGAGCGACGACUCCGGGAGCGACGACGACGAAUCCGGCUCGGACGAAUCCGGCGACGACGAGAAGGACGAGGAGGAGGAGGCGGAUGCGGAUGCGAAGGAGGCCGAGGAGGAGGAGGAUAAGCCGCCGACGCCUACGCCCGCGCCGCCCGCGAAGGAACCGACGCCGCCGCCCGCGAAGGAAUCGACGCCGCCGCCCGCGCCCGCGCCGCCCGCCGCGGAGAAGGAACCGACCACCCCGAGCGCGGCCUCGGCGCCGCCGCCCGGCCCCACGGACGCGCAGCUGUGCGCCGCCGUGAAGGAGAUGCUCUCCGGCGCGGACCUCGCGAGCGUGAGCAUGAAGAAGAUUCGCGCGGAUCUGGAGGCGAAGUUCGGGGUGUCGCUCGUGGAGAAGAAGGCCACGAUCAAGGCGUUCGUCGAGAGCGCGAUCGAGUAA